CGCAUAUUCCACUACGCCGACAAGCUCGAUUAUCUACUUUACGCCUUCGCCCUGGCUGGCGCCGUUGUCACAGGCGCUGCUCUUCCAUUGACGACACUGAUCUUCGGAAAAUCUGUAGCAUCGUUCAGCGGCGUGUCGACACAGGGUAAUACACAAGAGUUCCAAUCGAGGGUCAAUCAGCUCGUCCUCUACUACGUCUACAUCUUUGUAGGCCGUUUUGUCAUCGGAUAUGUCGCGACACUCUGUGUGUGCGUGGCUGGUGCCAGAACAACGCGAUCCAUGAGGACAGCAUUCUUCGAGUGCAACUUGCGACAAGAAAUCUGGCAUUUUGACAAGCCGAGCACUGGGUCGAUCGCUGCUCAGGUCACCACUAACGGGAAUCGCAUCAACCAAGGUAUUGCUGAGAAGCUCUACUCUACCGUCGGCGGCCUGUCACUCUUCUUCUCAUCGUACAUCGUCGCGCUCGCUGUUCAGUGGAAGCUCGCACUGAUAACCAUGACGAUCGUACCAGCAAACUUUCUGAUAUUCGGAGUCUGCCUGCAUUUCGCCAUCUCCAUCGACGAACGGGUUACAAGAACCUACUCCCGAGCCUUGGUUGUGGCCCAAGAGGCCAUCAGCUCUAUCAAGACGAUAAAAGCAUUCGGAGCUGCGCUACAGACAGUGAAGAAAUACGACGCAUUCUUGACGGAAGCACAUCAGAUAGGACUUGCGAAAUCGCCUUUGAUGGGAAUAUUCUUCUCGACAUCGGUCUUCUUGGUCUUGGCAGGCACUGCGCUUGCUUUCUGGGAAGGAUACAGGCUCUACGCGAGCGGAGAAGUCAACGAUGUUGGGACUGUGUUCACGGUAGUUCUGAGCGUCACCCUCGGAGCGACUUCCAUCAUAACAAUGUUGCCGUCCCUCGAGGCCGUCAGCGCCGCUUCAUCCGCUGCUGGAGAGCUGUUCGAGGUCAUGGACAAGAAGACGCUUCUCGACCCACUCUCUCCUGAUGGUGAGAAGCCUGCAAGCUUGACUGGAGACAUUGAGAUAAAGGACCUUCACUUCGCCUAUCCUUCUCGUCCUUCAGCCGAAGUACUACAAGGAAUGACAUUGAAACUACCGGCUGGCAAGACUACGGCUCUCGUUGGAGCAAGUGGAUCGGGCAAAUCGACAAUCGUUGGCUUGCUCGAGCGAUGGUAUGUCCCCUCUACUGGCACGAUCCUCCUUGACGGUCUCGAUAUUGCCAAGUACAAUGUCAAGUGGUUGAGAAGCAAUAUCCGGCUGGUGCAGCAAGAGCCUAUCUUGUUCCAAGGUACAAUCUUUGAAAAUGUGGCUAAAGGUCUCAACGAGGAGCAGCUCGCACUUCCGCAAGCCAAACGAUUAGAGCUAGUGAAACAGGCGUGCAGGUCAAGCAAUGCGCACGACUUUGUAGAGCGUCUUCCCCAUGGCUAUGAUACACAAGUCGGCGAGCGAGCGAGCAUGCUCAGUGGAGGCCAACGACAACGCCUCUCGAUCGCCAGAAGCAUCAUUUCUGAUCCAAAGGUCCUUCUACUGGACGAGGCUACCAGUGCACUAGAUCCAAGGCGAGUUCUCCUAACCACUCUCAUCAUCGCACAUCGCCUGUCCACGGUAAAGGCAGCUGACAACAUUGCAGUCGUCGCGAAUGGCAAGAUUGUUGAGCAAGGCAGCCACCAGGAGCUUCUUCAUCAGGACGGUCUCUAUGCAGCUGUGGCCAAUGCGCAGGAUCUAGGAAAUCACGACGACAAGGAGCAACCAACAGAUAUGGAGUUUUUCGACGCCGAGGAUGAGACUAUGUUUUCCAAGACCACAGUCAAGACCGAUUCCAACGUGAUAACGCAAGACAAGGUCGAGCAAGCGAAUGCGGCAUCAGCUGGGUACUCUCUACUCCGAUCCGUGCUUACAAUGUUAUCGGAGCAUCCAGACCUGUACCUCCAAUAUGCCGUCAUCUCAUUCGGUUGCAUAAUCGCUGGGGGGACAUAUCCAGCACAGGCCAUCCUGUUGUCUCGACUGAUUGGCGUAUACUCACUGCAAGGUGAAGAGGCUGGUCGACAAGCCAACUUCUUCGCUCUCAUGUUUUUCGUCCUUGCACUCGCCAACCUAUUCGCCAAGUUCGGCGUUGGCUGGUGCUGCAACAAUGUGGGACAAGUUAUUACUCACCGAUACCGUCGAGAGAUGUUGCAAUUAGUAUUGCGUCAAGAUCAGGACUUCUUCGAUCGUCCUGAGAAUGCAUCAGGCUCGCUCAGCUCGCAACUCUCUUCGGUACCAGCUGCAGUACAGGAACUGAUGUCAGCCAACUUUGGACUCAUCCUGAACGUCCUCACCAACGCGAUCUCCAGCAGUAUCGUUGCAAUAGCAUUUGGAUGGAAGCUCGGCCUCGUCAUGGUCUUCGGCGGUCUGACGAUCAUACUCGUUGGUGGUUACAUGCGCAUACGCCUCGAUCAGAAACUGGACGCUGUGACCGGCGAACAGUUUUCUGCCAGCGCGGGACUAGCGACAGAAACUGUUACAGCAAUCAAGACAAUCAGCUCGUUGACCCUCGAAACGACAGUACUACGACAGUACAGCGACGCCAUGCAAGAUAUUGUGAGCUCAGUCAUCAAAGGCUCCUUCGUCGCCUUGCUACCUUAUGCCAUAUCCCAGUCUGUGGAUUUCCUCGUCAUAGCACUUGGGUUCUGGUAUGGGUCAACACUAGUCGCACAAGGAGAAUAUACUGUGAAUCAGUUCUUUGUUGUGUUUCUUUGCAUCGUCUUCGGUGGUCAAGGAGCAGCACAGUUCUUCGGCUACACAAAGUCGAUCACCAAAGCAAAAGUGGCAGCCAAUUACAUGUUCUGGCUACGCGCGCUCAAUCCAACCAUAGGCGAAACGCCAACGAACCAGAACGAAGCUCCUCGUGGCGAAUCUGCAAACCUCGCAGCAGAGAACGUCGACUUCCAAUACAAGCAGCGGACGGUCUCGAAGGUGUUGCAGCAAAUCUCCUUCAGAGUCAAAUCUGGAGCUCAUGCCGCCUUUGUCGGGCCUUCUGGAUGCGGCAAGAGUACGAUCAUCUCACUGUUGAUGAGGUUCUACGAUCCAGUCAGUGGUCGAAUUCUGUUCAACGAGGAUGACAUCUCGACUCUCUCUCCAGCUCUCUAUCGCCAAGAGAUGUCUCUUGUACAGCAGGAGCCACCGCUGUACUCAAGCUCUGUACGGGCCAACAUCACUCUUGGACUGGAUCAUGAAGCUUCCGAAGAAGAAGUACUCGAAGCUUGUCGACAAGCACAUGUUUUGGACUUUAUCCAAGCCUUGCCUGAAGGCCUGCACACUCCCUGUGGCUCGAAUGGACUGCAAUUCUCUGGAGGUCAACGACAGCGCAUUGCGAUAGCUCGAGCCCUGAUACGAAACCCACGACUUCUGUUGUUGGACGAGGCGACCAGUGCUCUCGAUACACAGAGUGAGCGGAUCGUUCAGCAGGCGCUAGAUAGUGCUGCCGCCGAUUCAAGUCGAACGACGAUUGCCGUGGCCCAUCGACUCAGUACGAUCAAGAACGCAAAUGUAAUCUUCGUUAUGGAAGAUGGACGCAUCGUCGAGACUGGCACCCAUGACCAACUUCUACAGCAAAGAGGCAGAUACUAUGCUAUGUGUCUGGCUCAAGCGCUGGAUCAAGCGCAUGAUUGA